AAGGUACCCGGGAGCCGGUGGUGCAAGUUGCUUUCAGCUCGUGUGUUGAAGUACCUGUUCAUCAUGGAGGCUGACUUGACCGAAGAGCUUGACGAGGAGGAGCAGCUGGUGAGACGGCAUCGUAAAGAGAAGAAGGAGUUGCAAGCUAAAAUUCAGGGUAUGAAGAAUGCUGUUCCCAAGAAUGACAAAAAGAGGAGGAAGCAACUCAUUGAAGAUGUUGCUAAGUUGGAAAAAGAAAUGGAGCAGAAACAUAGAGAGGAACUGGAGCAAUUGAAACUGAAUUCUAAGGAGAAUAAGAUAGAUUCUGUUGCUGUUAACAUUUCAGACUUGGUACUUGAGAAUCAGCCGCCUCGGAUAUCAAAAGCACAAAAGAGACGGGUGCCCGGAUACAAGGAGCUCUCUGUGUUGUCCUUGGUCCCCGCUCUGCUCUAACCAGCUGUUUGGCCUUUGGAAAUCUUUCUGCGUGCUGUUUCCUCAGAAGAGGAAAAUGAGGGGGUUUGGAUUAGAUGAUAUCUAAGGAAAAAAAAGCUGCAUUGGAAAAAGAGCGAGAAGAAAGGAUAGCUGAAGCUGAAAUUGAGAAUUUAUCUGGAGCCAGACAUAUGGAAAGUGAAAAACUUGCUCAAAUAUUGGCAGCUAGACAGUUGGAAAUUAAACAGAUUCCAUCUGAUGGCCACUGUAUGUAUAGAGCCAUUGAAGAUCAGCUGAAAGAACAGGAUUGCACUCUGACUGUAGUUGCCUUAAGAAGUCAAACCGCUGAAUAUAUGCAAAGCCAUGCAGAAGACUUUCUGCCAUUCUUAACGAACCCCAGUACUGGAGAUAUGUAUACUCCAGAAGAGUUCAGAAAGUACUGCAAUGAUAUUGUAAACACAGCUGCAUGGGGAGGUCAGCUUGAGCUAAGAGCUCUGUCUCACAUUUUACAAACACCAAUAGAGAUAAUACAAGCAGAUUCUCCUCCUAUUGUAGUUGGUGAAGAAUAUAAAAAAGCCCCAUUAAUCCUUGUAUAUAUGAGACAUGCAUAUGGCUUAGGAGAACAUUAUAAUUCUGUUACCCAGUUGGUAAACACAGCUACUGAAAAUUGCAGCUAGUUUACAAAAUAUUAAAUAAUUAUGUUUCAGUACAGUGUGCUGACGUAAGUAUUUCCUACCAAGCGCUGAUUGUUCUGAAUGCUACUGAAAACACAACUACCUUAAAUCAGUUUUAUGGCAAAGCUACUUACUAGUAGGAUAUUAAGAAAUAUAUCAAAGAUUAACUUUAACCAGUGUCCUUUUAGUGGAAUUUUAAAAACUUGUAAGCCUAUUGUGGAAAACAUCAUUCAUAGGUCAAGAUGGUACCCUAUUUGUUGAUACUCUUAUUUAUGUUGUAUCUUGAAUAUUUUGUGUUAAAAUACUUAUUUUAAGUGUUUAAAUGUCCCCCUUGUUCCUGAAAACUUUCAGAGAAACCAUUUCGAUGUAAUUUUUCUUGAAGUGAAAUGACUCCGUCUCCUUGUUAUUGCAAUCAAUAAUGUUGUAUUGUGUUAAAUUUAAUUAAUGCUUAUAAAAUGAACUUGAUUGCAGAAACCUUGGUAUUGAUGGGAUUAAUGCAGUGAAGCAUUUUAUGAGUCUUAUCAAAGUACAGCUAAGAAAGUUGCUUUAAUAAUUAAGAAUUUUUAAAUAUUCAGGUGGGAAUCACUUGUUAAGCUUAAAGAAAUGAGACAAAUUCAAAAGUAAAUAGGUAUUUUCUAUCUGAUUUAAAACUCUAAAGAAUUAGAUACUCGUUUUUUAUUUGUGUAUGCAACAGAUUUUUGUCUAAUUCAUUUGUUAUUCUUCAGUGUUUCUUAAAUUUCACACUGGAGUCAGUACCAUCAUCUCUUGAUUUCGUCCCUAACUCCACAUUUUUAUAUUUUCCGCUGUGUUUUUUCCAGCCACUGUUCAACUCUGUUGCUAUUUGUACUGCCUUUUCACUAAAAAAUGUUCUGUGGCCUCUUUUUUUCUUUACCUUGUACAAGUUGAGGGAGUAGCAAUGUAAAAUGUCCAAGGCCACAUUUACUUAAUUUGUCUUAAAGAUAUCUUUGUUAUCUAGGAUUUUUUUUUUUUUUUGCUUCAUUUUUCUAGCAUUGGAAGA